CGGCGCCGCGGGCGCACAUGAACGGCCCGGGGCAGCCGUCGCACCCCGCCGGAGGAGCGCCGGGGCCGGCCCCCCGCCACCCGCGCCCCGGCUCCGCGGCGGACUCGGCCUGCAGCCUGGAGCCGGGAGGCGAGGAGGAGGACGGGGGGGGGCCGUCCACCCGCUCCCCCCCAGCCAGCGAACGCAGUCUGGAGUUUGACUCGGGGUACUCGGAGGCGUCGGGGGGCACGUGGCGGGAGGACGAGGCGCCCGUGCGGCGCCGGCACCCGCCGCCCUGCCAGCGGGCGCACCGGCUGUCCGCCGGCCCCGCGGCCCCGCCGCCCGCCCCCGCCCGCCGCACCCGCCCCAAAUCCACCUCGGACGCCUGCCUGGAGCAGUGGCGGGUGCUGGAGCCGGCCGACGCGCGGGACUGGACCGUGGCGCUGCUGUCGCAGAGCCGGAACCGGCAGCCCCUGGUGCUGGGCGACAACUGUUUCGCAGACCUGGUGGAGAACUGGAUGGACCUGCCCGAGGUGGGCGCCGAACCCAGGCGUGGAAGCCCCGCCGAGCCCUCCCGGCGGCUGGCCAAGCCUCCCGCUUUCCUGCUCAGCCUCUCGGGCAACGUCCGCCGCAAGCUGGCCAACAUGGCCCGGUCCCGGGGCGCCGAGGGGGCCCGGGCGGGUGCCCGCGAUGCCACCAAGCGCUUCUCCUGCCCGCUGGGGCUGGGGGGGCAACCCAAGGGCGCCUGUUUCCACCAGUCCCACAGCAACAUCGCCCAGCUGGCCACGGACUUCCACCGCUUCACCGCCCUCAUGAACAGCCGCAGCCGCCAGCCCAUCAUCUGCAACGACGUUAUCGGCUACAUUUAGCCCUGCCUGCCCCCUCCCCCGCUGUAAAUAAACCCCACUU